GCCUUCAAAAGAAAAAGGACAAGUAUAAGUCAUGGAUAGUAUGCGUAGACCCGAUCAUUAUUUACUGUUCAACGAGAGAAAACAUUCGUGAGAAUAACAGCUUGUAGCGAGCUAGUGUUAGCAUGUUUGUUGUUUAGUUAGCAAACCACAAGCUAAACAUGCUAGAAAAUAAGUAAAACCUCUCUACACGCUUCAGUCAGAAGUAUUAUAUCCUUCGGGGCGCUUAUUAUGUGAGAGAAAUACUUUAUAAGACCAUUAUUUACCUUAAGUUGUAGGAAACACGAGUUGAUAGUAAAGGAAAUCCCAAACCCGCCUCAGCCCCGGCAGCGCAGAUAUUUGAUUGGACGUAUUUUGGCAAAUCCUGGGCUGUGAUUGGACACAUGAUCCGUCAAUCAUUAUGACGACAUUAAAAGCAUUUCCCUCCCGCGUGGUGGCGACAGAAACUCAGUAGGAAAAUUAUGUGGACAGUGAAGGUGAUUGGAUUCAGUGUGCUGGCUGCCUCUGUUAGUGUGGAAUUGCUCAACUGGCUUCGUCGUAGAUAUAAAGCUAGAAAAACACUCAAUGAAGUCAUAUUUUUCCCUUCUGAGCUGGGUUGUGUGGAGCACCUGCUCAGGCCCUCACUACCUUAUCCUUGUUACUGUGCGUUGCCUCAUGGUGUUGAGACAUCCCUCUCUCGUCUCCUUCGCCACAUCCUGUCUGCCUCCUCAUCUCUGGACCUGUGUGUUUUUUCCUUCUCCAACAUGGACCUGUGCAGGGCUGUUCUAGCGCUGCAUCAAAAGGGAGUGAUCAUCCGUGUGCUCAGUGACAAGCAGUACAUUGCCAUCUCCGGCUCCCAGAUUGGGCCCCUCCGCCAGGCAGGCAUCUGUGUCCGCUCUGAUGUGGGCUCUGUCUACAUGCAUCACAAGUUUGCACUGGUGGACGGCAGCAUACUCAUAACUGGCUCCCUCAACUGGACACUGACUGCAGUGCAGGGGAAUAUGGAGAACCUCAUUGUCACGAUGGAGCCUGAAUUGGUGAGGCCCUACAUCCAGGAGUUUAAUCGUCUUUGGGAGAUCAAUGAUCCUCUCAAACAUCCCAACUCAGUUCAAGCAUUCUAAAGACCAUGACUGACUAUGAGAAAUACAAUGCUUGCGAUAUUGUUCAUUCGAUCAAAAAAGUCCUGCAAAUUGUUUUGGAUUCUUUAGAAUCUAGUUUGAAUAAUCAGUUUGCUUUUUGUUCAGUUGUUUGGAAAUUUUUGAAUGAAAAUAUGGAAAAGGUUACGAGAUUGUCACACGGAGAGUUGCAUAAUUUUUACCAUACAAACAUUGCUUCAGUGAGAGAAAUGCAGCUUGGUAGGGUUUCUUAGGUUAUUACUUCCUGUGUUUUCAGUGGUUUUGCCAACAUUUAAUUA